AUAACUUGCUCUGCUCUCAUCUCUUCGAUACUUCUCUCACACUACACAUAUCUUUAUAACACUAAGCUUGCGUCCUCCAUUACUAUUUCUUCCUUUAAGCUGCAAAAAAAACUUCAAAGUCUCAACCUUUUAUUGUAUCUGGGUAGAGAGAAACUUAAGAUCAAUUUAUCAUCAGAGAGAGAGAGAGAGAGAGAGAGAGAGAAUUCUUGAGAGGGCUUUAGGUUUUAAGGUGGGUGGUUUUGUGAUGCGUACAGGGGCUUAUACCGUGCACCAGACACUAACACCAGAGGCUGCUUCAGUUUUGAAGCAAUCUCUAACCUUAGCAAGAAGGAGAGGCCAUUCUCAGGUCACUCCUCUUCACGUUGCUUCCACGCUUUUAACUUCCACAAGAUCCAAUCUUUUUCGAAGGGCAUGUCUCAAAUCUCAUCCUUUCACAGCCCUCGGUCGUCAAAUGGCUCACCCUUCUCUCCACUGUCGAGCGCUCGAGCUCUGUUUCAAUGUUGCUCUCAACAGGCUUCCUACAAACCCAAAUCCUCUGUUUCAGACUCAGCCUUCGCUCUCCAACGCUUUGGUCGCAGCUCUGAAGAGAGCACAGGCGCAUCAGAGACGAGGGUGUGUGGAGCAGCAGCAGAGCCAGCAGAACCAGCCGUUCUUGGCGGUUAAAGUCGAGCUGGAGCAGCUUGUUGUGUCGAUUCUUGAUGAUCCUAGUGUGAGCAGAGUAAUGAGAGAAGCUGGACUCUCUAGCGUUUCCGUGAAGAGUAACAUAGAGGAUGACUCCUCUGUUGUUUCCCCUGUUUUCUACGGCUCUUCUUCCUCUGUUGGUGUCUUCUCUUCUCCUUGCUCUCCUUCUUCUAGUGAAAACAAUCAAGGAGGAGGGACUUUAAGUCCUAACCCUAGUAAGAUAUGGCAUUCUCAAUUGACCAAUCAUCACUCUUUCGAGCAAAACCCGUUUUUCCAUUUCCCCAAAGGAAAGGUAUUCACUCCAGAUCAAGCUUUUCCUGUGAGAGAAGACGCAAAUCCAGUCAUUGAAGUGCUUCUAGGGAAGAAGAACAACAAGAAGAGGAACACUGUCAUAGUUGGAGACUCUGUGUCUCUAACGGAAGGAGUGGUUGCAAAACUCAUGAGUAGAAUUGAGAGAGGGGAAGUUCCAGAUGAUUUAAAGCAAACUCAUUUGAUCAAGUUUCAGUUUUCACAAGUUGGGUUGAAUUUCAUGAAGAAGGAGGAUAUAGAGGGACAAGUCAGGGAGUUGAAGAGAAAAAUUGAUUCUUUCACAUCUUGGGGUGGUAAAGGUGUGAUUGUUUGUCUUGGAGAUCUGAAUUGGGCAGUGUGGGGCGGUGGUAACAGCGCAUCAUCAUCGAAUUACAGCGCAGCGGAUCAUCUAGUGGAGGAGAUAGGGAGAUUGGUUUAUGAUUAUAGCAACUCAGAUGCCAAAGUUUGGCUUUUGGGGACAGCUUCUUACCAAACAUACAUGAGAUGUCAAAUGAAGCAGCCUCCACUAGAUGUUCAAUGGGCUCUUCAAGCUGUUUCAAUUCCUUCAGGAGGACUUUCACUAACCCUCCACGCUUCCAGUGGUCACAGUUCUGAGAUGGCUCCUCAAGUGAUGGAGAUGAAGCCAUUUAGAGUUAAGGAAGAAGCAGAUGGAGCAGGAGAAGAAGAGGCAGAAGAUAAACUUAAUUUUUGUGGAGAAUGUGCUUUUAACUAUGAGAAAGAAGCAAAAGCUUUUAUAUCAGCUCAACACAAAAUCUUACCGCCUUGGCUGCAACCUCAUGGAGAUACCAACAACAUUAACAAAAAGUUUCAGGAUGAAUUGAGUGGACUGAGGAAGAAAUGGAACCGGUUUUGUCAAGCUCUUCACCACAUGAAACCCGGUAUGACUUCUCAAAGCUACAACUGGAGAGCGGAACAGAGCAGCUCUGUUUUACCGGAUUCCGCAGCUGCCAUAUCUUUUGUGGACUCGUCAGGUCUGAAGCAACACUCACGUGCAUCUAGCUCGGUGGCUAAGUUCAGACGACAGAACUCGUGUACUAUCGAGUUUAGCUUCGGAAGUAAUCACCAAGAAGGUCUAAAGAAGAACCUAGCCGAUGAACUGAGUUUGGAUGGAUUCAAGAUUAACAGUGAUGAAGGUGUGGAAACCAAGAUUACUCUUGCACUUGGUCAUUCUCCAUUUCCAUCUGACGUAGAGAACUCAGAUGAAGAAGAACCAGAGCGAGCGAUUACCAUGAGCGAGUUAUCGGAAAAGCUUCACAAGAACAUUCCAUGGCAAAGGGAAGUGCUUCCUUCAGUCGUUGAAGCCAUGGAGGAAUCUGUAAAGAAGAGUAAGAAGAGAGAUGUUUGGAUUCUGGUUUCAGGGAAUGAUGUGACAGCAAAAAGAAGAUUGGCUCUCACAAUCACAACUUCUCUUUCCGGGUCACUUGAUCAUAUGUUGAAGAUCGAUCUGAGAGCAUCCAAGGCAACUGAAGCGUGCGAGGAGCUCGAGAAUGCAUUGAGAGACCGAGAAAAGGUUGUUGUUCUUAUAGAGCGGGUUGAUUUAGCCGAUGCCUCCUUCAUGAAACUUCUUGUUGAUCGGUUUGAGGCUGGAAAGUCUGAAGAUUUGGAUGAUUCUCAAGGAAAGAAGAGCCACAUGAUCUUCCUUUUGACGAGAGAAGAUGAUGAAUGUGAAGAGAAGGAACAUUGUAUCAUACCAAUGGUGUUGAAGUGUAAAAAAUCGGGUUCUGUUUCAGUCAACCACAAGAGGAAACCAGAAUUCGAUGUUGCACCGACAAUGGUUAAAAUGAAGAAUCCAAGAAUCGAAGAGGAGGAGGAUAAGGAUGAUGUAGCUUGCGACAUAAGCAACAUCAAAAAAGAGUUCUCAAGACAGUUGAGUUUCGGAUCAAAUGCUCUUGACCUCAACUUAAGUGUUGAUGAAAACGACGAAGAAGAGGCAGCAGCUAAACCAGGGUUUGAAGAACGUUUUCUAGAGUCGAUCAAGAACCGGUUUGAUUUCACAGUUUUGUCGAACGAAGAUAUAACUAAUUUUUUUGUGGCGAAGAUCAAAGAUUCGUGCGAAGAGAUCCUCGGGGAACGGGAAGAGAGAUUCAGGUUUACCGUCGAUGCGGAGUUGAUCGAGAAGUUUUACAAAGAGUGUGGGUUUUUUGCUAACGGUUUGUUCGAAGAGUGGUUGAAAGAGGUUUUUCAAACGGGUUUAGUAACGGUCAAAAACGACGGGAAAGAGGGCAUAAGUGUAAUUAACCUAUGUUUGGGGGGUAUAGAUAUGAUUGACCAAGAAGGAGAGGUAUACGAGGAGGAAGGAUUCAUGGGUACUUGUCUACCCAACAGAAUCCAAGUUUCCUUUGUUGAUUAGCUUUGGCUUUAAUUGCUGUUUUAUUAAUUUCUACUAUUAGAAUCAUAUAUAUAUAGUAUUUACUUAUAUUUGCUGUUAUUUAUUUAUUCCGCUUUUUUAGAAGAAAUUAAUUAUGACCCCAGAAAAGUGGAACUUGACCGCAUUGUUCUUUGUGUAAACAUAAGUUGCC